GUGUGUGAGAGAGAGAGAGAGUGUGUGUGAGAGAGAGAUAAGAGGAGGAGGAAAGGCCAUUAAGGGUUUCCCAGGAAAUAAUACUUUCACUUUCAACGGUCACCGGAGAAGCAACAGCGCCUGCCGCUCGCCUAACAGAAUACAGUGUCCUUCACUGAGGGACGCUCAGGGAUUAUUACGGGGAAUGGAGAUUGUAAUACUUGUGUCAUUAUUGUCCCUGUAUUGUGACUUCACCGAUGCUGAGUGCCUGGUGAUCAGUCCUGCCAGGCUGGUGGUGAAGUAUGGAGACCCAGCCUCCUCUAACUGCAGCUCAGAUACCCCUGUAGAGAUGGGCUGGGAAGCCACCCAGAGAGGGACGGGUCUAACAGACAAGAAGGUGAAGUUCCUAAACUGGAGGGUGGACAGUGUGACUGACUGGACUAACAACCCUAAGUGCUUCACAGACGGAGGCCUGUGUUGGAAACAGCUGAACAUCACAGUUUAUAAGCUUCCAGACCGUGUCUCCUUCAGCUAUAGGAAGUACCCUGAUCCGAUGGUUGAGGGGGAUCAGUACCUGCUACAGUGUCUUGUCCAGAACAUCGCUCCUAUUGGGAGACUCAGGGUGACCUUCUACAAAGUCAAUACCACUGGUGAACAGACAGAAUUAGACACACAACAGAAACACAAGGACAACAUCAAGACACCAGGGAAUGGGACCUAUACCCUGGACUUCACCCCUAGUAGAGAUGAUGACGGGGCCCAGUUGUGGUGUUCAGCCAUGUUGGAUCUGGGACCAGAGGGACCCCAACCUCCUCCUGUAAUGGAAUCAGACCGCCUCAACAUCAACGUGCACUACAAGCCUCAGAUCACUAUGAGUCCUGGAUGUUUCUCCAUGAGCAUCACAGAGGGCGACACCCUAUCACUUAACUGUAGUGCAAAUGGUAACCCUGCCCCCUCGUACGAUUGGUUGCUCCCCCAAUCCGCCCCCGCCCCCAACACCACGGAAGAGAGAUCUGUAGUGACCAUCACCAACAUGGCCAAGUCUCACUCUGGAAAUUACACCUGCAACGCCAGAAACCCCCUGGGAAACAUCACCUGGACUGUUAACGUGGAGGUCACAGUGGACUACCUGCCCAUCAUUGCAGGGCUGGCUGCAGCUGCGGUGGUGAUCCUCUUGGUGAUCUCCUGUUUCAUCUACUCCUCUCAUUAUAAACACACGCGCAUGGGCCACUACCAGCUGAAAGACAUGUUGCCACUACGACACAAGAACAAACACGCGGUGCACCACAACGGAAUGGACCAGUCCUUUAUGUAGAGGAGGGGUUGGGGUCAGAGCAUGUGAGCAGAGUUGAAUGGUUGGAAAUCCGGAUGAGAGGGUGUGGCUCUCCACGUCCUUUCCUACGGGUCCCUCACAGAAAAAAACACAGCUCCAAAUUCGCUCCAUUCAUUAAAAUCAUAAUUUAACAAGCACCCAUCUAUUUUUGUGACUACCUGGACCUACCAAUUGUUUUUAAAUAUUGAAACCAAACAAUAUGGAAUUGAAUGAAAAGUAUUUGAAUAAACAUGAAAUGAUGAACAUA